UUCGCCACUCACUCUUUUCUAUCAUGUCUGUGCCCACAGGACACUUUCUGUCUUUCUCUCUUUUUUCUCUUUCCUACUUUCAUCUCUCUCUUUCAUUUCAGCCCUCCGUAUAUUUCUCUCCUAUCCAACAUUUUCUUUUCCUUAAUCCCCUCUCAUACUCUUGUCUCUCGCUGUCCUCGUGCAUUAGCUGACGCGGCAUCUCUUUCCUUCUCCCUCUCUCAUUCGAUAUUGAAUGGAGAUGGCAUGACAGAGAUAGGGAUGAUUGAUGGGCCGGCUCAGUGAGAGAAAGGUGGACUGAGGAGAGAUGGGAAGGAGAGAUGCCAGCAAGCGGGAAGAGACAGAGAGAAACAAGUGGGAAAAGAGCAUAGAGGGUGGGAGAUGAGGCAAGCGGGAGAAAGAUGGAGAGACAGAGAUAGAAGAAUAUAAAAGGGGAUGGGGAUAUAGAAGCAAAGAGGUAUGGGAGAAAGAGAGAGAGAGAGAGGAGGCUUAACAGCGCAGGUGGCGAGAGGAAAAAUAUAUCAGUGAGAAACAGACAGGGGCUUUACUGAGGACGAGAGAAGGUAGGAGAGGGAGAGAACUCGAAGACCGUAUGGAGCAGUGAUGGACAAGGUUAAGAAAAGUCCAGUAGAAGAUUUUUUUUUUUAUGUGCGUGUGUGCGUGCGUCAUUUGGCUCCAGUGGUGUACUUUGAGGGCCUCACUUCCCUCUCUUCUUGGCCAGACAUCUCUGUCUACGACCUACCACUGUCCCCAUUACACUGUAUAUAUACACACACACACACAUACACGCACUCACACCUAGACAGAUAAUAAAAAGCAAGCAUAUGCAGAACCGCGGGUAGAGAGAGAAACACAGGGGAAGCAGAAGAGGGAGACCGAGGACAAAGAAAACAUUAGAAAGAUGAAGGGCGGGAGAAUGGUGAGAGAGCAACAUAUCCUCAUCUCUCUCUCUCUCUCUCUCUCUCUCUCCCCUUUCCUCACUCUCAAUUCUUCCCUUGCUUUUAACUCUGCCAUGUUGCUAUAUAUAGCCAUUGAGGAAAGAGGAAGAAGCAAUUCAUUAUUGAAGGUUUAUGGCAAAGUGUGAGUCAUUUAUUCAUAUGCUGGAUUUUUAUAUGUGUGUGUGUGUGUGUGCACGCGCAGGGGAGGCAUGUUUAAGGAUACUUGAGCCACCCCUAACACCCCUAUCACCACCACACACACACACACACACACACAAAACCAGUGUUUGUACCCCAAAACAUAAUGCAGAGACAAAAUGUGCCAAAUAAUUCUCAUAAACACAGUCGUUCAUCAUGAUACACACGCAUUUGUCCCUUUGUCCCUGUGUCCUUCCAUAUCGCUCUCUCUCUCUCUCUCUCUCUCUCUCUCUCUCUCUCUCUCUCUCUCUCUCUCUCCCCCCUUGUUCCUCUCUAUCUUUCUCUCUCCCUUUUUCAGUCAACUACACCCUGCCCUCCCACAGCCCAUCGCAGAUACACACAUGCAUAUACAUACGUGCAUGAACACAGGCUCGCAUUUAUACACACACACACAUAUCGCUGGGGGGGCAGGAAGGCUAAUUGAGUGGUGCCCUGGGUGUUCUAGUAAUGCGUGCCUGUGAAGAGCGGUCAAACACAUGCGCGUGAUCACAAACACACACACACACACUCACACACAUCAUGGGCUUGCAGGCGACUAACAGCGAAAGCAGCCUUUCAAAACAAACACACACGCACACCGAGGUCUAUACACACGCACACGUACGUGUUUCACACAUGCACACAUAUGAUGUAUGUUUCCAUAAAUAGCUUCCUCCUUCUUUCUGUCUCUUCACCAUUCAAUUUUUCCCCUCCUCCUCCUACCAUGGGAAUGGCUGCUCCCAAAGGAGGCAAGCAAGUAGGAAAAAGGUGAAGAGGAGGAGAAUAGAAUAGAAGAGUGAAAAGAGUCAUAUCGUCCAGCUGGGAAAUUACAAAUGGCGAAACCCUAAAAACAAAACUGACUGCUUUAUAUGCUAUAGAUGUAAAUACUUUAUAUUUAUACAUCAUAAUAAUAAUCUUAAAAAUGAAAGUCAAAGGUUUAUUCUGUUCCCCUUCUUUCACCCCCAGGUAUUUAUUUCUCUCUUAUUCCUUCAUUCUCAUCUUGUUCUCCUUUCCUUUUUUCCUUCCUUCUGUCGCGUCGCUGAUUCCUCAUUCAUCUCCUUCACAGAUUUGCACUCGCACUCUUUCUCUCAGUCACUCUCUCCACUCGCUUUCUCUCCUCUUUUAAAUCUAACUAUUUAUCUUGUGACCUUAACGAGACAGGGGGAUUGAUUUAAGAAGACACCACCAGUGUGUGUGUGCGUUAGAGAGAGAGAGAGAGAUUGUGACAAACACAAUUAGAUGUCCAAUGAGAUACUCCGUCCUUCUUUUUCAUUUCUCUGUCUCUCUCUCUCUCUCUCUCCCUCUCUCUCGCUCGCUCGCUGAACUGGCCGUAAGACGCAAUGUACAUGGAGCCAAACGGUGAUGUCACAAUAAAUCUCACUCAGUGUCCUGGCACGCUAUCAUACACUAACACUUUAAUAUAGCCCGUGUCUGUUUGAGUGUGUGUGUGUUUGUUUGUUUUGUUUGCCCGUGUGGGUGGUGUGUUACCAGAACAUACACUUAGCGGAACACAUUUAACUGACUCAUGAUGAUGGUUUGUGGGUGUGUGUGUGUGUGUGUAUGUGUGUGUGUUAACAGGCGGCACUGGCAGUGAGAGGCCAGAGAUCCGUGAUCACGUCUACCUGUUUUACAGUCUUGUAAAUGCAGUAAAUAAGUAAUAGAUGAUAGACAUUCUAUGGAGUAAAUGUUCUGAUUACAUUUUUGUGGUACCUUGCUGCAUAGGUUUGAAUAUUAAUGAGGUCAUUUUAAUUUCUUGAACUACUGAAUGUCCUUGUAAAGUUGACAAAACAGCUCUUCAAAGCAGCCAAAGUAUUUUUAUUUUUUACAGUGCAAGACAAGAGUAAAGAAUGUCACAUCGACUUUUUGGCUGUGUACCUUUAAGUUUGGGCCAUCUGGUCCAUCACAUGAUUUCCAUCCCCACAAAAGCACUGACCUAAUUUAAGAAUCAUCAAUUAGCAAUUAACAUAACACUGAUAUGCAUGCCAAACAUAGCAAACAAAUGUUUGACAGGUACACUGACCUAGAAGUAUUUUUUUAAUUGAUGUGUUAUUUAGCUUAAUCAAUGGCCCAAGCACAACAUGGCUAAUAUACUGUGAUUACUGUAAGUCUUGUUGGAAUGUUAUAAAGUAUUAUUUAAAUGUUGUGUAUUUAAUCUGUUAAACUGUUUAGAUUUAUGUCUUGAGAGGUGUGUUUUCCUUGACUGACCUUCCUCACUCCAUUUGAGUGGAUGAUUCUAGCCACCAUCAUUGCCAACUGCAUCGUCCUGGCCCUGGAACAACAUUUGCCUGAUGGGGACAAGACACCGCUGUCUGAACGCCUGGAUGACACAGAGCCGUACUUCAUAGGGAUCUUCUGUUUUGAGUCUGGAAUAAAGAUCCUGGCACUUGGUUUCGCCUUCCACAAGAACUCCUACCUGAGAAAUGGAUGGAAUGUCAUGGACUUUGUGGUGGUGCUCACAGGGAUCCUGUCCACUGUUGGUUCGGAUUUCGACUUGCGGACCCUUAGGGCUGUACGAGUAUUGAGGCCCCUCAAACUGGUGUCCGGUAUUCCCAGCUUGCAGGUGGUGCUCAAAUCCAUCAUGAAGGCCAUGAUUCCUCUGCUACAAAUUGGCCUCCUGCUUUUCUUUGCCAUCCUCAUGUUCGCCAUCAUCGGCCUCGAGUUCUACAUGGGCAAAUUCCACACAACCUGCUUUGACAAUCACACAGGUGAGAUCCGAGAGGAGUUUCCAUGUGGGACAGAGCUUCCGUCGCGGCUGUGUCCUGAGGGCACCAUGUGCAGACCAUACUGGCUGGGACCAAACUAUGGCAUCACCCAGUUUGACAACAUCCUGUUUGCUAUUCUCACCGUCUUCCAGUGUAUCACCAUGGAGGGCUGGACUGACCUGCUCUACUAUAGCAACGAUGCCUCAGGGAGUGCAUGGAACUGGAUGUACUUCAUCCCCCUCAUCAUCAUCGGCUCUUUCUUCAUGCUCAACCUGGUGCUGGGUGUGUUGUCAGGGGAGUUUGCCAAAGAGAGAGAGCGUGUGGAGAACAGAAGUGAGUUCCUGAAGCUCAGAAGACAGCAGCAGAUUGAAAGGGAACUCAAUGGUUACCUGGAGUGGAUCUGCAAAGCUGAAGAGGUUAUCUUGGCGGAUGAUGAAAAUGAAAAUGAUUAUGAUGGCUCCCGUAGGAGAGCUACAAAGAACCAUAAGAGCAAAGCUGAACUUCUAAACCCAGAGGAAGGGGAGGGAGAUCUGGCAGUAGGGUCACCGUUUGCCCGUGCCAGCUUGAAGAGCUCUAAGCUCGAAGGAUCAACUUUCAAGCGGCGGGAACGACGUCUACGCUUCCUUAUCAGACACGUCGUUAAGUCCCAGGCUUUCUACUGGACCGUACUGUGUUUGGUGGGCCUCAACACGCUGUGUGUGGCUGUAGUGCACUAUGACCAGCCAGAGCCACUUUCAGAUUUUCUAUAUUUUGCUGAAUUAAUCUUCCUGGGAAUAUUCCUGUCGGAGAUGUUUAUAAAGAUGUAUGGCCUGGGCAAGCAGGCAUACCUCAACUCCUCCUUCAACUGCUUCGACUGCAUUGUGAUAUGUGGUAGUAUAUUUGAAGUGCUGUGGUCCAUCGUCCAGCCGGGCACAUCAUUUGGCAUCAGUGUGCUACGAGCUCUCAGGUUAUUGAGGAUCUUCAAAGUCACCAAGUACUGGGCAUCUUUACGUAACCUUGUUGUCUCUUUGCUCAACUCCAUGAAGUCCAUCAUCAGCUUGCUCUUCCUGCUCUUCCUCUUCAUAGUUGUCUUCGCCCUGCUGGGCAUGCAGCUCUUCGGAGGACAGUUUAAUUUUGAAAAUGGCACUCCUCCGACCAACUUCGAUACCUUCCCCGCAGCAAUAAUGACAGUGUUCCAGAUCCUGACGGGCGAGGACUGGAACAUGGUGAUGUACGAUGGCAUCAAGUCUCAGGGCGGAGUCAACAAGGGCAUGGCCUUCUCUGUCUUCUUCAUCGUACUCACACUUUUUGGCAACUAUACUCUGCUGAAUGUGUUCUUGGCCAUCGCUGUAGACAAUUUGGCCAACGCACAGGAACUGACCAAGGAUGAGCAGGAGGAAGAGGAGGCUGCCAGUCAGAAGAUCGCCCUGCAGAAAGCCAAGGAGGUGGCUGAAGUCAGCCCACUGUCUGCUGCCAACCUUUCCAUUGCAGCCAACAAAGUACACAGUGAGUGUCACAACGCUACCGACCCCUUUCUGGACUGUAAGGAGCAGCAGAAGAACCACAAGGGGAUCAGUAAGUCUGUGUGGGAACAGCGCACCAAGGAGCUGAGGAAGCAGACUCUGGCAUCCAGCCGUGAGGCCCUCUAUAACGAGAUGGACCCUGACGACCGCUGGAAGGUUAACUUCUCACGGCAAAUCCGUCCAGACAUGAAGACCCACUUGGAUCGACCCUUGGUGGUUGACCCCCAUGAGAACCGCAACAACAACACCAACAAGACCACUGCAAACAAUUCAGACCUCUGCGUCAGCCAGCACCAUCCUGCCGAUGAGCUCCACAGGCAAACACGCCUCCACGAACAUGGUGGCCAAGUAGGAGGAGGUGGUGGAGGAGGCUCAGGUCCAGUCAGGGCUCCAUUGGAGCGGGGAGAGUCCACAGAGAGCAGGCGGAGCCGGAAAGCUGAGCACCACCACCACAGCUCUCAUGUCCGAUUGGAUGCGACAGUGAUUCCCGGGCCAGGCUCGGAGGAGAGGCCGUCCAGGCGCCAUCACCACACCCGGAGUGGCAGUCGAGGGGGAGGGCAGUCAGAACACAGGAAACCCAGGUCACAUCGUAAGCAUGCAGAAGACGAGGAUGGUGGAGGAGGAGCUGGAAAAACAGGGAGGCACAAGAGCAAAGGGGUGGACGGAGGUGGGGAAGGAGGAGAGCAGGAGGGAGCUGGUGAUGGCAGUGAGAGGAGACCAAGAAGAAAUCGUCAUGGCAACCAGACGGAUGGCGAGGGGAAGAGGAUGUGCCAGCACCGAAGGAAGGAUUGCAGUGUCCCUAACCUGUCUACCACACGACCCAUCCAAAAGAGCCUGUCCAGACAGGAUAGCCAGUACAGUGAGGAUAUGGACAACCUCAUGAAUACCAAACUAGUCUCUGGCUCUACCCCACCUAGCGAGGGUCACCCAGUGAAUCCAGUUGCCAAUCACACCGUGGCCCCUGGCUUUGGUUCUGCCCUCCAUCUUGCUAACAGUGGGACUCGUGGGAGUUUGGUCACAUUAGAUAGCUAUGGGAACAUCGGACAUCACCGUGCCAACAGCAUCAUCAGGCUGCCUCACCCUGACUACACAGCUGUAGACAUGCCAAUUUUUCCAUCCACCAAUGCCAUACUGCAGGUCAAUAAGAAUGCCAACACGGAGCCUUUACCAGCGAAAGAGGACAAAGAUGAUGAUGAUGAUGAAAAAGGAGGUGAUGGAGGACCCAGGCCCAUGCCUCCAUACAGCUCCAUGUUCAUCCUGUCCACCACCAACCCGUUUCGGCGGGCGUGUCACUACAUCUGCACCCUGCGUUAUUUUGAGAUGUGUAUCCUGCUGGUCAUUGCCAUGAGCAGUAUUGCCCUGGCUGCUGAAGACCCCGUCUGGCCUGAAUCCCCUCGCAACAAUGUUCUACGCUAUUUCGACUAUGUUUUCACAGGAGUGUUCACAUUUGAGAUGCUGAUAAAGAUGGUGGAUCUGGGGUUGGUCUUGCACCAGGGCUCUUACUUCCGGGACUUGUGGAACAUCCUUGACUUUAUAGUGGUUAGUGGUGCUCUGGUGGCCUUCGCCUUCACGGGGAGCAGUAAGGGAAAAGACAUCAGCACCAUCAAGUCUCUGAGGGUACUGAGAGUGUUGCGACCUCUGAAGACUAUAAAACGUCUCCCCAAACUCAAGGCUGUGUUUGACUGUGUGGUGAACUCUCUGAAGAAUGUGCUCAACAUCCUGAUUGUGUACUUACUCUUCAUGUUCAUCUUCGCUGUGGUGGCUGUGCAGCUCUUCAAGGGACGCUUCUUUUACUGCACUGAUGAAUCUAAAGAGUUUGAGCGCGACUGCAGGGGCGAGUAUCUGGUGUAUGAACGUGAUAACGAAGUGAAGGCGCAGAAGCGGGAGUGGAAGAAGUACGAUUUCCACUACGACAACGUGGCUUGGGCCCUUCUUACCCUCUUCACCGUGUCUACUGGAGAGGGGUGGCCGCAAGUGCUGAAACAUUCAGUGGAUGCGACUUAUGAGAAUCAGGGCCCGAGCCCAGGAUACCGGAUGGAAAUGUCCAUCUUUUACGUGGUGUACUUCGUGGUCUUCCCCUUCUUCUUCGUCAACAUCUUCGUGGCUCUCAUCAUCAUCACCUUCCAGGAGCAAGGAGACAAGAUGAUGGAGGACUACAGUUUAGAAAAGAACGAGAGAGCCUGUAUAGACUUUGCCAUCAACGCCAGGCCUCUGACACGCCACAUGCCCCAGAACAAGCUGAGCUUUCAAUACCGAAUGUGGGAGUUUGUGGUGUCGCCGCCAUUUGAGUAUACUAUCAUGGCAAUGAUCGCGCUCAACACGGUUGUGCUGAUGAUGAAGUACGACGGAGCUUCUUAUACCUAUGAAGGUGUGUUAGCCAACCUGAACAUAGUGUUUACCUCCCUCUUCUCCAUGGAGUGUGUACUCAAGAUCAUCGCCUUUGGAGCACUGAAUUAUUUCAAAGAUGCCUGGAAUAUUUUCGACUGUGUGACAGUUCUGGGCAGCAUUACUGACAUUCUGGUCACCGAGCUUGGGAAUAAUUUCAUCAACCUAAGUUUCCUGAGGCUGUUCAGGGCAGCUCGUCUCAUCAAGCUGCUGAGGCAGGGAGAAACCAUCCGCAUCUUGCUUUGGACCUUCGUUCAGUCCUUCAAGGCACUGCCUUAUGUCUGCCUCCUCAUUGCCAUGCUGUUCUUCAUCUAUGCCAUCAUUGGGAUGCAGCUGUUUGGGAAUAUUGCUAUCGAAGAAGACGGAGAGAGUGCCAUCAACCAGCACAACAACUUCAGGACCUUCAUACAAGCUCUCAUGCUUCUUUUCAGGAGUGCAACAGGAGAGGCAUGGCAUGAGAUCAUGUUGUCGUGUCUGGGGGGUAAGGAUUGCGACCCCCGGUCAGGGAAUACAGAGCCUGAGUGUGGCAGCCAAUUUGCCUACCUCUACUUUGUCUCCUUCAUCUUCUUCUGUUCAUUCUUGAUGCUGAAUCUGUUUGUAGCCGUCAUCAUGGACAACUUUGAAUACCUGACUAGAGAUUCUUCUAUACUGGGACCUCACCACUUGGAUGAGUAUGUCAGGAUAUGGGCCGAGUAUGAUCCUGCCGCCUGCGGGCGCAUUCAUUAUAAGGACAUGUACAGUUUAUUACGAGUUAUCGACCCGCCUCUCGGCUUAGGCAAGAAAUGCCCCCAUAGGGUGGCCUGCAAGAGACUGCUCCGUAUGGAUCUGCCUGUGGCUGAUGAUAACACAGUCCACUUCAACUCCACUCUCAUGGCCUUGAUCCGCACAGCGCUGGAUAUCAAGAUCGCCAAGGGUACGGAAGGUGGUAUUGACAAGCACCAGAUGGACGCAGAGCUGAGGAAAGAGAUGAUGGCGAUCUGGCCCAAUCUCUCCCAGAAGACCCUGGAUUUGCUGGUUACGCCGCACAAGUCAGCUACAGACCUGACAGUUGGGAAAAUCUACGCUGCCAUGAUGAUCAUGGAGUACUACCGCCAGAGCAAGAUCAAACGCUCGCAGGCUCUCCGGGAUGAGCAGAAUCGAACGCCAUUACUGUUUCAGCGCGUGGAGCCACCUUCCCCCACCCAGGAUGGGGGUCCGGGACUUAACAACGCCCUACCUCCACCUGAGACAACUGAGACUGUCAACAGCCUGCCGGUGGAAGGGGGGGUCCCGGAGAGCCAAUCAUGGGUGACAGCUCGUGCUCAGGAGAUGUCCCAGAAGGUCGGCAGCUGGAGCCCUGAGGGACACGCUGAGGAUGGCUUGGGAAGCAUGACCAACUCUCAGACGGUAGAGAUGAGAGAGAUGGGGCAGGAUGGUUACUCGGAUACUGAGCACUUUCCACCAAUGGAAGGCCACGGCAGGGCCGCUUCCAUGCCCCGCCUCCCAGGCGACAACCAAACCAUCAAUGACAGCAGUCCCAUGAAGCGCUCUGCCUCGUCACUGGGCCACAGCAGGUCUGGGCGUGGCCACAGAGACAAAGGAGGGCCAGAUGAUUACAACAUGGAGCGUGUAAUACCUGAGGAGGGUCGAGCUUCCAGACACGGACACCGGCGAAAAGAUCGGAGUCAUCGGGCCUCUGAGAGGUCCCUCUGUCGCUACACGGAGGCUGACACAGGCCUGGGCACAGACCUGAGCACAACCACCCAGUCGGGCGACCUGACGUCCAAGGACAAGGAUCGUGACAGAGAUCGCGGCCGGUCCAAAGACCGCAAGCACCACCACCAUCAUCACCACCACCACGGCUCUGUGGACAAAGAGCGCUAUGUAGCAGAGCGAGGGGGCGAGUAUGGACACAGGCACUCCCGCGAAAGAGAGCAUGAGCGGGAGAGGGAGAGAGAAAGAGACCGGCGCUGGUCGCGCUCACCCAGCGAGGGUCGUGACUGCAUGACACACAGACAGGGCAGUAGUUCGGUCAGCGGAAGUCCCGUUCCCUCAACCUCGGGGACCAGUACACCGCGCCGAGGCCGACGACAGUUGCCUCAGACCCCCGCAACACCCCGGCCCCAUGUUACCUACUCCCCUGUGGUCCGCAAGGCCAUGCCCACACCACCUGCAGGGCCACAGGGCCGAGCCCCAGCCCCAGCCCCCCGCCGCUUUUCUCCUGAGCCUCCCCAAGGCCAGGGCCCUCCCCCUGCUGGCCUACCACUGGCCCACCAUGGCGCACCUCGCCAGGGUCAUCAUCCCCCACCUCGCUGGGGAGACACAGGUGGAGGAGGUGGCUCCAUGGAAGGGGAUGGCUGUUUUUACAACCAGGACUACCAGGACUAUGAGCCCCAACAUGAACCACCUGCCUACGAGCAGAGCCCCAUGCAAGGUGGCAACCCACACCCCCAUGCCCUGGCCAACCACCCACUGCCACCUCCCCCCCAACCACAGCCACACAACCCCCACCCUCCUCCUCAGCCACACCCUGUAAACAACCCCCACCCUCAUCCGCCGCCCCACCCUCAGCCUAGUCGCACCUCACCUAGGACUGCCCGCCAUGCGCCCCCUCCUACCACCGCCCUGACUGGGCCAGUGCAAGGCCAAGUGCAGCCUGCUGUCCAGCGCCGCCUACCCAAUGGCUACCGCUCUUCAUCCCCUUCCACACAUCUCCAUGGACCGCCACAUACUGGGCCUCACAAGGUCCCCCCUCCAGGUGGGCAUCCUAGGGGUCCCCGCAAGGGCCUGCAUGAACCCUACAGCGAGACGGAGGACGACGACUGGUGCUAGCCUCUGGGGAUGGGGGAGGGGUGUAAGGAGGAACCAGUAUAGAUGGACUGAAAGAUGAAGAUCGGAAGCUCUGAGCCAGAGCACUGACUGCCAAGGGAAAACAUGAUUCUUUCUUUCUUGUCUGUUCGAUUUUUUCCUCUUCACCACUGCUUGGCAUGUCCCAGGGAUGGUGGGCUAGAUGAGGGGGAUAGGUGUCAGGAUGAAAGGAUGGAACAAAAAUGCUGAGGCAGGAUCUGGAGAAACAAAUGGUGUAAGAGGAGGUAACAAACAAACCACCUCCAUGUUCUGCUUGCAUUGUUGUUGCAUUCAUCUCUUGACGCCAAAUGAGACCAACCUCAAACUGCAGUUUUUAAGGAUGCAAGCAGGAAUGGUGACGGACACUAGUCUUUGUGUGUCUUAAAUUAUGCCUCUGGCAACGAGCUACAGCCACUUACAAGAUGUCAAGAGUUGCGACUCGACAAAAGACACUUUACAGUCAGAGACAAGAGAACGACCACUUUUUUUGCUUCUCAAAGCUAACUUCAGUUAUGUUAGCUGCAGAAGGAAUCAAAUCCAACCCUCCCAGCCACCAGUUGAAUAUUGAUGAGUUUUAUCAUCUGUGUUUUUAAAUAAAAACAAAACUGACAAUGAGCCCUCCACCUGUAUGAGGUGAGAAGGCUUAGUGGGUGGGAGAGUUGGGGAGUGUUGUGCAUGGGUUGACAAGCCUAGAGGACAGGAUGGGUGUAUUGGGGAUGUCCCUGGAAAACACCCUCCUCCCAGAAACAAACAAUUUAACCAACUUCAACCUAUGAGAGAAGGAAAACAAAAAACGCGGAGAUUGGUUUCAGAAACAGAAACAAACAAAUCCAAUAACUGUUUUCUGCAGUAUUUCUUCUUCUAUUCCUGCAGCUGCUUCUUCUUCUUCCUCCUUCUCUUCUACUUCUUCAAAACAUUGAAGCUUGAAUCUUCUGUUGCACCCCACACAGCUUCGUUUUUUAGACUUGCGGAGUUGUACACCCUGUGGAAUCCUGCAUGAAUGAUACAAAAAAAUAAUAGUAAUACUAGCAACAAUGAGAAUCUACUGUAUGUGGGGGGAAAUUUUCCUUGGUCUUUUCUGUUGUGGUCUAUAGGGUUUCUCUCUUUUUAGUAAAAGUACCUUUCUGUUUCUCUCUCUCUCUCCUCUGUAUCACAUUCCUCUCUCUGUACCUUCAUUUACACUAAAAUCAAGUGAUCGAAGGCUAUAGGGAGAUUUGAUAGUUAUGUAUAUCUAUAAGGAACAAAAUGAUUACUUUUUGCUUGCUUGUCUGUACGUUCUGUGCCAAAUGCCUGCCACUGAUACAGCUGGAAAUGCACCUAUUUUUUGUAAAAGUAACUUUUUGUAACAAAGGUGAUAAUCCUACAGUGAUAUACUGGAAAGCAGGGUAAGCGGAUAAAAGACACGGUGACGAACGUUGCUUUCGUCCAUAUUGGUGAAUACGUUUGACAAAUCAGUAACACUUCAAAGUCUUCCAGGGUUUGGGGUUAAAACAGAGACGUCGGAGAGAAAGAGACCAACAGAGAGGUGGAGAAACGAGAGAAACUCCUCAUCUUUGUUUUCUUUGUUAUUGACCAUAAUAAUGGAUAAACAGAUAAUACAAUAGCUCAUGAUGAUCAUAACGAUCGUGAUAAUGAGACAGAUCUCCAUAUUUGGUCUUAUAUUUGUAUGUUUGUUUAAUUUUGAGCUCAGUUAAUCAUUUGUCCAACCUUCGGGGUGGAGCUCUAAUCCACAGUUGCACUGUGGGAGAAUGUGUUUGCAGGAGGGCAAACGUGAAUCACAGAUUACCCAAAGUGUAAUAUUAUUUAUAUACAUAAUAUAUAAAAUCUUAUCUAGAGCCCUUUUAGAAAAAUACAUCACAUGUCAAACACAGCAGUGCCCUACAGGUUUCUGCAUAUCAAUGGGUGAGUUUAUUCUCCUGCAGAUGCUAAAGCAGAGUUCCACCACCACUUGUGACCUUCGGGUGGCGCUGAAU